AUGCCACACGCAGUCUCUCGGAUGCCCAGGAUGCCCCAGAGUAGGCAUCCUUCAGGUCUGCCUGAAGACAGGAUUACCUCUUUGACUGUCACUCGAGUGACAGUGAAGACACCAGGCAGACAGAAGGACUUUAUGAUAGCUGAUGACACCUCAGUGAGGCAGUUCAAGGAGAAGCUAUCGGCUCACUUCCAAUGCCAAACGGACCAACUAGUACUGGUCUUCAUGGGCCGCCUUCUCAGAGACCAGGACACGCUGAGCCAGAGGGGCAUCACGGAUGGCCACACCAUUCACCUGGUCAUCAAGUCCAAGAAUGGCCCCAGAUCCCUAGCCCGUUCCUCCUGGAGCCUGCCAACCAAUGAGCCCUGCCACCGGGACGGAAACAUCAAAGGAAACAGCAGUGGGGUACACAAACCUGAAGGUGUGAAUCAAGCCCCAGUGGAAUCAGCUCACUUUGUGAGGUCUCAUAUGCCCAAGGUACAUACCCAGAACCAAGAAGUGGGCAGUCCAGAGCACAUAGCACAAAUUUUGGAGGAUCCUAGCAUCCAGCGGUUUCUGUCCAACACAGAGUUCAUGCGGCAGUUCAUCUCAGAACACCUAGACAUUCAACAAUUGAGACGGCAGAACCCAGAGAUGUCCCACCUCCUUGACAAUUCUGAGAUUCUAUGGCAGACCCUAGAGCUGGCCAGGAGCCUUGCCAUGAUCCAAGAGAUAAUGCAGACCCAACAGCCUCCACAGAACCUUGAGCAUCCACUGAAUCCACAGCCAUACCUGGGCUUAGAGACAAUGCCAGGUAGGAACAGUACCCUGGGUCAGAGCUCUGCUGGUUUCAAUGAGCAAAUGCUCAACAGCAUGCAAGAUCCUUUUGAGGGCAACCCUUUCAUAGCUCUCCUAGUAGGGAAAGUGCUGGAAGAAUUCAAGGCCUCAUCCCCAACUCCAUCGCCAUCCCAGGAACGGCGGGACCAGCUCCCACAGCUCCCUACAACCCGAGUCAUCCAUGCUAAUUCUCGUGAUUUCUCGUCAAUCCCUUCAGUCAAUGGCACCUCCAAUGGGAUCAAUCAUGUUUUCAGGGGCAAUACUGCGACGAUUUCCACCAAGGAACAGAACAAUAUCCAUUCCCUUCAUCAGCCAGUGGGGAUACCAGCCUUACCUAGCAUAGAGCUUCUUCAGAAGCCCCAGGAUGAAGACAAGGGUGCCACUAUCUCUUUAAGUAGCUCCGAACAAAGAUCAGAGGAUGAUCAGCUGUCGGAUGAGCAGACCAGCUCCCAGAUCACAGGAGGCAUGAUGCAGUUGCUUAUGAACAACCCCUACCUGGCAGCUCAGAUGAUGUUGUUCAUGAGUAUGCCCCAGGUGAGUGAACAGUGGUGGCAGGAGCUGCCCACAUCCCUGCAGCAGGUACAGCUUUCUGACUUGCUUGUAGCCCUAGAAAACCCUAAAGCAUCACAAGCAAUAUUGCAGAUAGAGCAGGGUCUCCAGCUGUUGGCCACAGAGGCUCCUGUUCUUCUGUCCUGGGUUGCACCUUACCUGUGGGGCCUAGGUUGGCUUCCUGCUCCGAGCUGCAGCUACCCUGACCCAGCACAGUGGCCCUGGAAUUCUCCAGAAGUAACUGAAUCCAAAGGUCCUGAGUGCUGCCACAAAUCUGGAGCAGUCCUACAGAGGCUACAGUGUGUAAGCGGGAACACCUCCCACACUCUACAAGACCCUGAGAUUCGUUUUAGCAAGCAGAUGGAAUCUCUUCAGGCCAUGGGAUUCCAGAACCACCAUGCCAAUCUACAGGCACUUAUUGCUACAGAGGGGGACACCAGUGCAGCUAUCCGCAAGCUCAAGAGAUCCCAGGGAUUCUAA